AUGAUUCAUCCCUCUGCCCUCCAAUUUGCAGCCCUUGGGUUCCUGCUCUCCGUGGGUGAGGAGUCUGUGUUCACAGCUAGGUCAGUUGGGAGUCUCAGAAGUGAGCGAUUAGCCAAUCUGAUUGGGUGUUGCUGCGAAGGAGAUGAGAGGUUGCUGGUGGCCGAUUUUAUGCCCCGUGAAACUCUCGCUAAGCAUCUUUUUCACUGGGAUGCUCAACUAGUGAAAUGGGCCAUGAGAUUGAGGGUGGCUUUGCAUCUGACACAAGCUCUGGAGUACUGUAGCAGCAAAGGGCGUGCAUUUUAUCACGAUCUCAAUGCCUACAGGGUUUUAUUUGAUCAGGAUGGCAAUCCCAGACUAUCCUGCUUUGGCCUCAUGAAGAAUAGCAGGGACGGCAAGAGUUACGGUACAAACUUAGCAUUCACUCCUCCAGAGUACCUGAGAACUGGUAGAGUGACACCAGAAAGUGUGGUUUACAGCUUUGGAAUGUUGUUGCUGGAUCUUCUGAGUGGAAAACAUAUACCCCUAGCACUUGAUCUAAUUUGUGGCAAGAAUUUUCUGAUGCUUAUGGAUUCUGCUCUAGAGGGUAAUUUUUCAAAUGAUGAUGGAACUGAACUUGUGCGUUUAGUUUCCCGCUGUUUGCAGUAUGAAGCACGUGAGAGACCAAAUGCAAAGUCCCUUGUCACUUCUUUCAUGUCUCUUCAGAAAGAAACAGAGCUUCUAAUUGAUGUGAUUUUCGACUUCUGGUUUUUGGCACUUUUCGUAGUUGCAGAUUCAUUGGCUGGUUCCCUCUUGUGCUUUCUCAAUGGUUGCAUUUAUAUUGUUGAUGCAUAUAAAUUUUACUGGAGUAGCUGUGUUAAAGGGAUUCACGCUGGACAAAUGGUUAUGCGGCUAGUUGAAGCAAUUGAUGUUUAUCUUGCUAGGACGGUCAUGUUGAUCUUUGGCAUGGGCUUAUACAGAUUGUUUAUCAGUAAUGUGCCUCCUGAUGUAGGUUCUGGGAUUAUAACAAUCUUGCCAAUAUGUCAGAAGAGAAAAAAGCAAGUGAAAGGCAAUCUUAAUGCCAAAGUUGGAAAGAUAGCUGGUUGUGUUGAUGUUAAUGCCCAAAAACGUAUCACUACUCUGGGGGAGGCAUAA